UUCGCACACACAGACAAAACACGGGGGCGGAGAUAGAUGAUUGGUCAGUAUGUGUGGCAAUAUCUAAAACUGCGCCAUAGCAUAGCACAGCAACAGUUGAACCAAUAAAAAAGAGAUUUGUGUGUGUGUGUGUUUGUGCUAAAUGUGCCAGAGUGUGUUCACUUGUAGCCUUAUCUUUGUGUGCGGUUAUGUAUGAAGGAGCUAUGUGUACUAAACUCCUGUGUGCUGUGUAUGCAUGUGUGCACUUAGUAUUUAGUAUUCUUCAUCUCAUCUCCGUGUGUGUCCGUCUAUCCAUCACAGUAUGUACAUCGGUUUCUGUGCUGUUUUUUUUUUUGGUGAUUUUUUUGAUGGCAUUGAAGGAUUUAAACAUCUCUAGUGUCAUUUUGGAUUCAUUUGAGGGAAUUCAAUAUUAUAAUAAACAUUUGGCAUCGAAAGAUACGCAAACAGCUUAGAAAAGGAUAAAUAAAUCCUCUCAUUUCAUUAUUUAUUAUUAUUAUUAUUAUUAAUAUUAUGGAGAUAUCAAGUACUCAUCAUAAUUACCGUAAACGUAAUUGGAGUAAUGAAGACGACUACUUGACGAGUUAUAAUCAAACAAUUGGUAAUUCUAAUCAUAAUGAGGAUAAUAAUAGUAGUAAUGACACUUUAAAUCCACAUAAAACUACCAUUCAUGCUGAAAAUGAACGCACCACAGUAUCAUCCAGAUCAAUAUCACCACCAACACCGCUACAACCACAACCACCGCCUGUAAAACGUGUCGCCAAUGAACGUGAACGUACACGUACAGCCAGUGUGAAUGAUGCUUUCCUUUUAUUGCGUAGUUUAAUCCCAACAGAACCAAUCAAUAGAAAGUUAUCUAAAAUUGAAACACUUCGACUCGCUUCAUCGUAUAUAUCCCAUUUACACGCUAUUCUAGUGACUGGUUCAAAUCCAGCAGAUCAACCAUGUUUACGGCAUCAACAGAUCUAUUAUAGUUCUGGGGGUGGUGAUAUAAACUCCUCUUCGAAUAUUAAUGUGAAUGAAAAUCGAGAGAAUCAACGAUUAUAUGAACAGAGUAAAAAAUAUCGAUCAGUGUGUACAUUUUGUGUGACAGAAAUGAAACAUCAUCAACGUGGCAUCACUGAGAUAUGAAUAAUGAAAGAGACAAUUCUUUCAGAUGGACAAUGAGAACAGAUCAAUUAAUAUAUAUAUAUAUAUAUAUAUA